AAUCAAGACGGAAGGUGUUAAAGGAGUUUUGGUAGCGGAUGCACAUGGUUUAUGCAUUGGAGCUCGAGGAAUAGCGAACCCAAAUUGUGCUGGAUUUGUCACAGCAAUUGCUACACAUGCGAAAGCCCUAAGUGAUGACCCAAAUUCACAAGCACCAACUACAAAGAUCGAAGCUGAUAAUUCGUAA